GUCAAGUGAAUGCUCUCUCCUUGUUAUGGAACGCUGAAACCAACUGAUGUUGAUGCAGAUCAUCUUCUAACGCCAAAUUCAAGGCGCAGGCACCAUCACAUUUUAGAAAAACGAAACAUCAUGAGCAUUGGACGUCUGGAUUUUGUGGCCAAAACUCCGGUGUGUCUACAGAUUGGAGAUACAGCCAGUAACGCUGUGCGUCCAGGUGUCUGUGUCAUCGACAUAGUGUUUCCAAAUGGAAAACCCAUUAAGAUUCAAGAAGUGUCCUUUAAAAACUACUACACCGCCUUCCUAUCACUGCGCCUGCUGAGAACCGAGGCAGAAUCUCAAGAUGGAGCCAAAUGGGUCACAUGUCUUCGGAACUUCCCUCUAAUGGCCAAUCCACACGAUGAAGCCGGAUCCCAGGACUACUUCUCAGUCUCCCGACAGCAGAUGCUAGUAGAUCCAGAUGAUGUGACUUCGAUUCGUCUUGUUCUACGACAGCCAUCUUCAUCGUGGAUUAACUUCAACAUUGAGGACAUCGCAAUUUAUGAAUAUGUGAAGGAGGAGGAUACCAAGAGAGAUGUUCCUGCCUGGCUGUCUUCCCUUACACCCGCUGAUGAAUCACUUCAUUUGCAAGGACUUCCAGACCCCCAGACAGUGUCGUCCAGUAUUCAACAGAUGUGGGCUUUGACCGAAGUCAUGCAGUCCAGUCAAACAACUGCAUCUGUUGGACGUUUUGAUGUGGAUGGCUGCUACGACAUCAACCUGCUGUCUUACACAUAGCAUGUGCCUACCUGCCAAAGGGGAUCAUAUAGUAUGCAUAUUUAAGGUAUAAAGAAAAUGUAUUCUUUGAGGAACAUCAUUCCAUCGUUCAUCCACAGAUGACAAAGGCAGUAAUUAUUAGCUUCAUCACAAUUGUUUAAAUUUGCAGCAGAUUUACAGUGUAAGCAACAUGCAGAUCCAAAAGACACAUGUUUUGAUUCACCUGGGUGCAUCGUUGUAUGCACAGUAUGGGUGUCAUCAGUUAAUUAAUACAAUGUUUCUUUGUAUAUAUUUGACUUUUGAAAUUCAGAGGCAUGUAUAAUAAGUGUAUAAAGUGUUGCAUACAUUUUAUAAUAAGCCAGGUAUUGAUGGCCAAGGUUGAAAAUAAAAAAGUAUAGGAUACAGGCUAUCACUAUAUAAAUAAAGGUAUUAUAUGU